GCGUCUCUAGACCUACCGUAAGUGUAUCUGUACUUGUGUGUGCACUGAUAACCUGAGAGUCUCUCACUCUCUGUUAAUCAGUGUGCAGCUGGUUGCCGAGACUGUCAUUAGAACUCUUGCUACAUACAGUAUGGCGUUGCUAGGGUUUGUGAUGCUACUGUGCAUCUUGGGAGCUCAGGCCACAGUGGACCUUCGACAUGCUGCUGCCAUGGCUGCAGGACUGUGUAAAACCAAACCUACUGACCUGGUGUUCAUCAUCGACAGCUCUCGGAGUGUGCGGCCCUCUGAGUUUGAGCAGGUCAAGGUGUUCCUCAACAAGAUAAUAGAGGGUCUGGAUGUGGGGCCUGAUGCCACACGCGUGGGUGUUGUGAACUAUGCCAGCAGAGUGAAGAAUGAGGUGUCACUGAAGUCCUACAAGACAAAGCCUGCACUGAUCAAGGCUGUAUCAAAGAUCGAGCCACUCUCCUCUGGCACCAUGACUGGCUUGGCCAUCCAGUUUGCCAUGAACGUGGCCUUCAGUGAGGCAGAGGGUGCACGUGUCAAAUCCUCUGAUAUCAGCAAGGUAGCAAUCAUUGUGACAGAUGGGCGGCCACAGGACAACGUGCGUGACAUUGCAGCAAAGGCACGGGAGUCAGGCAUUGAGAUAUAUGCCAUCGGUGUGGGCCGAGUGGAUAUGAACACACUGAAGCAGAUAGCCAGCGAGCCUCUGGACGAGCACACUGAUUAUGUGGAGAGCUACGGCUUCAUCGAGAAGCUCACCCAGAAGUUCCAGGAAGCCUUUUGUGUGUCCGACUUGUGCGCAACAGGUGAUCAUGACUGUGAGCACACUUGCGUCAGCGUACCUGGAUCAUUCAAGUGUGCCUGCCGAGAGGGCUACACACUCAAGGAAGAUGGCCGUUCCUGCAGUGAAUGCAGUGAUGCUGCCACAGAUGUGGUCUUCGUGAUCGAUGGAUCAAAAAGUGUGAGGCCAGAGAACUUUGAGCUGGUGAAAAAGUGGAUCAACCAGAUCGUGGACAAGCUGGACGUGUCCGAAAGAAAUACCCAUGUGGGUCUGGUGCAGUACUCUAGUGCUGUCAAGCAGGAGUUUCCUCUCGGAAAGUUCAACAACAAGAAAGACAUCAAGGAUGCUGUGAAGAAGAUGCUCUACAUGGAGCGUGGAACCAUGACUGGCCAGGCUAUCAAUUUCUUAGUGGACAAAAGCUUCAGCAGUGGGCAGGGUGCCAGGCCCGGGGCAACCAAGGUGGGCAUCGUCUUCACUGAUGGCAGGUCACAAGACUACAUUGGAGAUGCGGCAAGGAAGGCCAAGCAGAACGGCUACAAGAUGUAUGCUGUAGGAGUUGGAAACGCAGUUGAGGACGAGUUGAAAGAAAUCGCCUCUGAGCCUGAACAUUAUUUCUAUACUGCUGACUUCAAAGCCAUAAAUGAGAUUGGCAAAAAGCUGCAAAUCAACACUUGUCCAGCUGAGGAUCCCUGUGAAUGUCAGUCUCUUAUGAAGUUCCAGAAAAAAGUGGAGGAGGCACUCCAGGCAUUAACAAAGAAAUUGGAGGGAAUAACAAAGAGGAUCAUUGCUCUGGAAAACAAAAUCGUGUGAGAGAUGAGCACUCUACUUGUAACAGCCUCUCACCAUUUUCACUCACUACUGCUGAGUCACCUCCUGUGACGUCUGACUCCUCUUCCUGCCUUUUGCUUCAGUUUUCUCACAACAUCCGCUUUAAAUCACUAAAUUUCCCAGGGCUGAAGCACUGAUCAUCAGGUUGUUUUUAUUCAUACAUGAUUUCACUAUCACAGAGAAGAGAUGUUAAAUACAGAACACUCCUUGAUGGAAGUAUUAUAUUAUCUUUAAAUCUUAAUAUAGAAUAUGAGUGCUAUUGUACCAUCAGCUCAUCUAUAUGAUGAAAUUUACUUAAACUAUGCAAUUUAAAGGCCUCUACCAUCUCAAAGCAAUUUCACUCUUUUACCACAAGCUCUGUUUUUGGAAUUCUAUCUGUCACUCUUUCUUCUAUCUGUCAGUGAAACUUUUUCUUUAACUUCAACUUGUGCCCAAACAAAAAGAUAUACUGGAUUUUAUAUGGUAUAUAUAAUAUUAAUUUAAUAUAAAAUUUGACUUGAAAUACAUGUGGAUGCUUGUUUCCUUUCUGAAAAAAAAAAAAGCCCAGCAAGAGAUAUGAUAUUAAGUAAUUACAUACACUUGUAUAUACACACACA